CCAGGGGAAAUAUGAUUUUAUUAAUGAUACAGGUUUAUUAAAUAAACACCAUUAUUAUAGUAGUAUUGAAAGUCUGUAUGUAAUUACAUACAAUAAUAGCCUGUGUACUUGUGAAGAUGCAAAUAUCUCUUCUAUAUGUUUGGUUGAAAGCUAAAAGAAAUGUUUUACACAAAAUGAGUCAAUGAAUUCUAUCUCUCUCAGUUUCUAACAGUUUAAUAUUCAUCAUCUGGAGAAGAUAUUUGCAGUUUUAUCUAUGUGUGGGCAUAAAUUGUUCAUCCGAGUAGGGCAUGCCAAUUUUACCUGAGGUCUCGUCUUAAUUUUGAUUGUAUAUCCCUUGUGGCUACAUGUCAAAAUAUGACAUAUCAGCAUUAGGCCAACCUGUAUUUAAUGACUAGGAAACCGUGGAAUUUAUAUGAUUUGGGGGCACGUGGGGGCUUUUCUAAUGCCGAUUCCAAGGAUAAGUGGCAUAGAAGUUAUUUGAUUAAUUGGACAAGCAUGAACUCUAGCUCAGCUUCCUGCAUGUCAUCUGAACACAAAACACUGAAGAUUAGGUGACUUAGUACUCCAGAAUUAAAAUCAUGAUAUUUCUUUUCCUGUUAACAGACUAUUUUGCUUAGCAUUACACUGUCUUUUAGGCAAGCAUUCACUGUGCCCCUGCAUAUGUAAUCUUUACUCACGAGUGAGGAAUUUUCCAAGGUAUAUGUUGAAAACACUGCUUCCUGAAGUCCAGCUGUGGUUGAAGCCAUACCUUUGCAAUGAGGUCCGUUUAGUAGCUUCCAUGUGAACCCAUCUAUCACUUGAGUGGAGCUAGAGAGUGUCAUAUGCUCACAAGGCUCUUAGUAAACUCCUUUGCUGAGAUGUUAUUUGUAGAGCCAUCAGUCACACACAGAUCUCAUCCUUGUGAAGUUAUUCAUUUGUGCAUGGGUUUUAGCUCUGCAUUGGCUUGCUUGGGAAGACCCAGAGACCUGGAUCAUGGCUUAAUUUUCAUGGUGAUGAAACAGAGGCAGUAACCUGAUGAUGGCUUGACUUUGAGCCCCAGUGUCACCUGACCCACUGGGAUGAUAUGCAUCAUGGCCUCCUUGGAGGGUGCAGCCAAGUGGGGCUGUCUUCUCUAAGAGAUCUGUCUUCUUGCUGCUCAGCGUCACUUCCCAGCCAGUCUAAAACACCGCCGCCUCCCCAAGCCCUAAAGCUGUGUUUUCUAAUACUGCUUUCACUUGUGAUAGUCCAUGAAAAAAAUCUUUGAAAGAAAUAGCAAGCCUGUCGGUAGCAGCGGAAUGAAGCAGGUGUGCCAGAGCCCUGGUUCUGCCUUGCUCUCAUAGGCGGGUGACCUGACAUCAUCUCUGGUCGUUGCAUCAACAUCCUGCACUCAUCAGGAGUUCAUGGUGGCCCUCUGAUAAAAAAAAAAAAAGAAAAAAAAAACCAGGACAUUUUCGUUUCUCUUAAUGCUAAUGAUUAGAAAAGGGACCCAUGAUCUUGUUUUCCCUCUGCCUCUUACUGAGAAGAGGGUGGUCUCCAGGAACAUUUGGAGCCUUUGAAACCCAAAUGAUGUAUAUUGGCUGAAUUAGUAAAAUAAUUGCAUCUCAGCUGGUUGGAACUCUUUCCUGGAGCAAAGUAGUGCUGCAGUUAUUGGGUUGGAGGUCUCUCUUUGUGUGGAAUACUUUUUAGGGACUCAGGAGAGAUAGAUGGAAUUCCAAAUAAAGUGUCACAUUUUCUUUCAGGAAGGAGAUUACAGUCUAACAGGGUAGAUUAUAAGCAAUAUUUGUCAUAUUAAUAACACUGGCCAAGGAGGGGAGGCUUCUUGUGAAAGAGCGUGAAGGGUCGAGAAAAGGGGGCAAAGGUAUGGGUCAUUCAGGUUGAUGAAAUUCCAGUUAGGAAGCAUGGCACACACAGUUAUUGGGUUUGCAGUGGUCCUUAGUGCUGAGGCAGAAGAUUGCAAGACCAAGGUAGUGAGUCUGCAUUGGAGAUUUACAAGAGAGAACAGGCAGUUGGUAUGGUCCGUGACGGUAUGGUUGCUGCACUUUGGCCUUCCUGUGGAGUUCUCCUGCAGGCCCUGCAGAUUUUGGUGUAUCCCGGGGUGGGAGGCUCCGGCUCUGCCUGCUACCGCUGCCCUCUUGGAGCUAAAAGAUACCUACUUACAGGUAACAUUGUGAAACUAAAAGAAUUUCAGCAUAAGAAAGUGGCUGUUGCAUGUAAUCUUCCUGGCACUAAAGAAACCUAUUUUAGAAACUUGGAAGAGAAACUGACCCAGAACAAGCUCAUCUUGAAGGGGGAGUUGAUAACCUUACUUCAUUUGUGUGAGUCCCGGGACCAUGUGGAGCUGGCUAAAAAUGUCAUUUACAGGUACCAUGCAGAGAACAGAAAUAUCACUAUGGGGGAGUUUAAGUUCGGACCACUUUUCAUGAGGCUGUGUUACGAGUUGGAUCUUGAGGAAUCUGCAGUGGAGCUCAUGAAAGACCAGCAUUUGCAAGGUUUCUUCUCAGACUCCACAUCAUUCAGCAUUUUGAUGGAUAUGUUAUUUAUCAAAGGCAAAUAUAAAAGUGCUUUGGAAGUAUUGGUAGAAAUGAAAAACCAAGAUGUGAAGUUCACCAUAGAUACCUAUGUUCUUGCUUUUGCAAUUUGCUACAAACUGAAUAGCCCUGAGUCUUUUAAAAUCUGUACUACAUUAAGAGAAGAAGCCCUACUCAAAGGAGAAAUUCUCCCCAGGAGAGCAUCCUGUUUCGCUGUGGCAUUAGCUCUGAAUCAGAAUGAGGUGGCAAAAGCCAUGUCCAUUUUUUCCUCAAAUCAUGAAUCCAGAAAGCAUAACCUGCACUAAUUUAAAUAUUAUACUCCAUAUGCAGUUAAAUAUGUUGGAAAACGUGAUAGAGAUACUAAAAAAUGCUAUAGAAGGAAAUUUAUCAAAAUACGUGAAGAGACAGGUGUUCUCAGAG